AUGCCACCACGCCGUUCUCAUGCGAAAUCGCGCCGAGGUUGCCUAAACUGCAAAAGUCGACAUAUCAAAUGCGACGAAGGCGGUCCGCCUUGUGACCGGUGCAAGCUUCGUGGGACCGCCUGUGAAUAUGCAACCCCGGGAUCCGGUGCAAAGACCUCAGCGAUAGCCGAAGUUCGAGAAGAGAUCUCGCACACUGCGGCAAAAAUCAAUGAACUUCAGUUUCCGGCGGACCGUCGCUUACUAGAACUUCAACUAAUGCACCGGUGGUCAACUUUGACGCACAAAAGCUGCAGUACGCCUGGUGCUGGUGAUGAAGAGGUAUGGGAGCAAUUGGUGCCAACAUUAUCCGUUCGAUACGACUUCUUGUUGAAUGGGCUAUUGGCUCUUGCAGCAUUCGACUGUGCAAGAUCAGCGCCACAGUCUACCUACGAGCAAUACGUGAACUCGGCUGUUGAAUACCAUGCACUAGCACUUGGAACUUUCCGAUCACACCUCCCACUCAUCAAUCCGGAAAGCUAUGAAGCAGCUCUUUGCUUGUCGCUGAUGCUGAUGAUACUCGCCCUGGCGUCAGCACAGUUUACCCCCAAGUCGGCCACUAGCAAGACUCCGGACAUGGUGCAGAAUGCGAUUGUUCAUUUCGAAUUGCUGCGCGGGUGUGUUCCGAUCGCGGAUAUCAACGAAGACUAUCUACUAUCAAACCCCUACAUUCGAAACUUGAAACUCUUCGAGGACCUCCCGCGAACCACGAUUGACGAGCGAGUGAGAGAAGCACUGACCCAAUUAAGCGACUUCAACGAUAGAAAGAUAGUCUCGACCGUCCACGAGUCAGAUGAGCGAAGGAUGAGGCAAAUUGCGCAUUGGGGAGCAUGCAAAAAGGCUCUCGCAGUGCUCGGGGAGUUGUUUGAGAAAUGCGUCGAUGACUUCUCGCUGGGGUACGUUCUAGGCUUCCUCAACAUAGCUGGAGAGGAGUAUAUCAAGGCUCUGAAGGACGAAGACAAUGCCUCACUCCUUAUCCUGAUGUUCUGGGGGGUCCUGAUGGAUAAACUUGGGCAUAAGGUCUGGUGGGCUGAUCAAUUCGGCAGUUUGUUGGUAAGCGAAAUAGCGAGUCGAAUACUGGUCCAUGAAGACGACAAGGAGAUCAACAGUAUAAUAUUUUGGGCACAAAGAAAUCUUCGCGCUAGCUCUCCGGAGCAGGUCGACUCGUAG